AUCACAGUCACGACCCUGGUCUUGUAUCUUUAGCUACUAGGUCUUCUUUUUCAAUGUGUGUGGGUGUAAAAUAUCUCCUCUGACAGUUUUUGCCAUGAAUCCUUUGCCAUCCGAAGACCUUUGCCUUAUUGUUGAUUGCAACAUGUCCUAAACCACCGUGGAAAGGACCUUAGAGAUAUACGUUCACAGACAGAUUAUGAUGUCGGUAAUGCUUUAGACUAGAGUACAUAUGAAAUCGCCACUAGACCUCCUCAGCAUUCUUCGCCUUUAGAAAACAGCUUAGAUCUUCACUAUGUUGUCUAAACUACCUGUGGAGAUAAUCUAUCUCAUUGCAACUUAUCUACCAUCUGCCAGUGACUUAAUACAUAUCGCGCAGACCUGCAAACGAUUGUAUGGGUUUGUAUCUGCCGAGGAUGGGCGUGUUUUUCGCGCGUUUAUUGAGCAUCGGUUUCCUGGCUUUGUACCGUCUUCAUUCUGGAAAGAUACCACCCAAGCUCUGACUUCUCGCUCUCGAGCUCUGGACAAAAAUGCGGUAGUUAGUCGCUUCGUUGCGAAGCCUCCUACUCGUGCUGAAUUGGGGAUUACAACGCGAACCGACAGACCCACCCUUGGAUAUCGCCCUGCAAUUGAUUCAUAUGAAACCUGGAACGGGAGCACAUGGGCGGACCGCAGGGAGGUGCUCGCCUGGGGCGGCGGGCAUGAGAUUGUCAUGAAAAUCAAACAACAUGGAAAAGCCCGGAAUCACCAAUGGGCCAUUUUCGAUGAUUUGGAUGUCGUCAGCAGCCAUGAUGACAUCUGUGGUCUGCAUAUCCUGCGACCGGGGCAUUAUCGCAAAGCGGACGAUAAGGAGCAUGUAAUCUUUGGUCGAAUGCGCGGCGAGCUUCUCCAUGUUGCACUUAAGCCUAACGAGGACACACAUGAAUACGUGCAGCGAUACCAGACAUCUAACUCUGGGCUCGAACAUAUCGAUCUGAGCGAAGGACCAGACCCGAUUCUGGCUGCACAUGACAAAAAUGGAACGAUCAAUUUUUACAGUACUACCAAGGAUGACGACGUGGUUGAACCCUUUGGGCAUAUUGUAAUCGAAUCAAGGCUUGCGGCACGUAAUAAGUGCUCUAAAUUUCUAUCUCCGACCCUAUUUGCUAUAGGCACAGGGCGCUCUGAGAAUGCGCUGGCUAUCUCUUCCAUUUCAUCGGAACGGUUGGCGCUGGAGCGAGAGAUCAGCGUGCGCUCAUUAGAUCUUGACGUACGGCUUGGCUCUACUGCAAGUGUCAUUGUCAAUGCAAUGGCACCUCUAUGCGGACAGGUUACUACGGGGUCCCCUGGUAGUACAUUCCUCGCUGCUUGGGGUGAUCGUCUAAUCAGACUCCAUGACGUUCGUUCAAACCGGGCAUUCGAGUCCACUUAUAAAGACCCAACCGACCAAAACCAAAUUUACUCCCUUCACCCUUUUGGCCAUGACAGAUUUCUCGCAGGAGCCGGCGCAGAUGCCGUGGUGAAGAUCUUCGAUCUCCGGAUGCCAAAAACCUACAGUUACACAGAUUCCAGGGCUUCUUCCAUUUACCAGCACAGCGUGCGCCGUCGAAAAGCCUCAGCCUCAGGAGGAGAGAUUGCACCCCCAGUAGAGAGCAUCAAGUAUCCCCGCAAAGAUUUCUCGAUGUUCCUGUUCUACGCACCGCCACUGUACCCAAAUGCCCCUCGGAGGCGCCAACGUGAAUCCACUCCUUACCGCGGGGCCAUAUACUCCCUGUGCUCACCGUCACCUCUGUCGCCCACGGUAUACGCCGGGAUCACUGACGGUGUCGUUCGACUAGACUUCAUGUCAACUGAUGACUUGACUGGUUCGUGCAGGGAUUGGUAUCGGGAAAUGCUUGAUAUAGACCUAGAAAUUCAGGAGGACAUGACGAUUUACAACCCUGAGCGAGUUCUGGAUUUGUCUGGGUACGAACGGCCGGAACCUGAUGACACGACGACAACUUCUCCAUUGAGGACACAGAAGAGGUUCGCGUAUAUUGAUGAGAGUAAUAUCAAAAAUGAGCAGCUGACGGGCUGGGACCGGAGGUGGAACCCGAUGGAAAGAUUUGCAGCCUGGAGACGUCGGGAUUGAAACUGGAUGGCUUGAUAACCCCUAUAACGUUUUGUUCCUCUGUUGGCAUACAAUCUCGGAGUGUUGGUUUUUGGUGCUGUUGGUUUGUUGCUUGGUAGUUAACUAUCAAUAUAGGGUGGUCGAUGUUUAUGGUGGGGACUCUUAGAUAGGGAAGUAUUCGGUUGGUUCAUGGGUUUUUUAAAGGUCACAACAGUAAUUUA